AACUGGGCAGACAGGCAGGCGAGCUGAGAGAGGAGAGCGACAACUAACCAUGGCCUGGAUUGUACAGUUAGCUGCCUUGGCGCUCACCCUCCGCUUUGCUACCGCCUUCUACAACUCCAAGCUGCACCCGCCUAACCAGGUUGUUCUCUUGGACUCCCGGUCUGUCCAGGGCGAGCUGGGCUGGGAAGCUUUCCCCUCCGAAGGCGGAUGGGAGGAAGUAAGUAUCAUGGAUGAGAAGAAUACUCCAAUUCGUACGUACCAGGUCUGUAAUGUGAUGGAAGCAAAUCAAAAUAACUGGCUGCGGACUGAUUGGGUCCCUCGUGAGGGAGCCCAGAGAGUUUACAUAGAGAUUAAGUUUACCCUUAGGGACUGCAACAGUCUGCCAGGUGUCAUGGGAACAUGCAAAGAGACAUUUAACCUAUUUUACUUUGAGUCAAAUAAUGAUAAUGAGUGGUAUAUCUCAGAAAACCGGUACAUAAAGAUUGACACCAUUGCAGCUGAUGAGAGUUUUACUCAAGUGGACAUUGGCGAUCGUGUGAUGAAACUGAAUACUGAAGUCCGGGAUGUAGGACCACUGACUAAGAAAGGCUUCUACUUGGCAUUUCAAGAUGUAGGUGCCUGCAUUGCUUUGGUAUCUGUCCGUGUUUUCUAUAAGAAAUGCCCACUGACAGUACACAACUUGGCACAGUUCCCUGACACCAUCACAGGCGCUGACACCUCAUCCCUUGUGGAAGUCCGUGGUUCCUGUGUGAACAAUUCUGAGGAGAAAGAUGAGCCAAAAAUGUAUUGUGGUGCAGAUGGAGAAUGGCUCGUGCCCAUUGGCAAUUGCUUGUGUAACACUGGAUAUGAAGAACAGAAUGGAGAGUGCCAAGCUUGUAAAAUUGGAUACUACAAGGCUUUGUCGACAGAUCCAAGCUGCUCGAAAUGUCCACCACAUAGCUCUUCUACUCAGGAAGCUUCCACAUACUGCACCUGUGAAAGGGGUUACUUCAGAGCUGAAAACGAUCCCUUGUCUAUGCCUUGUACAAGACCACCCUCUGCUCCACUGAAUCUGAUUUCCAACAUCAAUGAAACGUCUGUGAUCCUGGAGUGGAGUCCUCCCCAGAGCAAUGGAGGCAGGCACGACAUUACCUACAAUGUUAUCUGUAAGAAAUGCAGCAAUGACCUCAGCCGCUGUCAUCCUUGUGGGAAUGGGAUUCAUUUUGUCCCCCAGCAGACUGGCUUGAAGAAUACCAAGGUCUCCAUCACUGAUCUUCAGGCUCACACCAAUUACACCUUCGAAGUUUUUGCAGUCAAUGGAGUAACAAAUUCAAAUCCUAGCCAUGACCAAUCUGCCUUAGUCACUGUCACAACCAACCAGGCAGCUCCAUCUUCAGUCAGUCUAAUACAAGCAAAGGAAAUAACAAGACAUGGAGUUACAUUGGUUUGGCCAGAACCUGAGCGACCAAAUGGUGUAAUUCUGGAAUACGAGAUCAAGUACUAUGAAAAGGAUCAGAAUGAACGCAGUUACAGAAUUGUUAAAACUCUCUCAAGGAACACAGAAAUCAAGGGUUUGAACCCAUUAACAGCCUACAUGUUUCACGUUCGUGCACGAACUGCUGCUGGAUAUGGUGAUUUCAGUGCCCCAUUUCAGUUUAUAACAAACUCAGCUCCAUCAGCUAUCAUUGGUGAUGGUGCCAGCCCCACUGUUUUACUUGUGUCUGUGGCUGGCAGUGCAGUUCUACUGGUGAUAUUGAUCUCAGCCUUCGUUAUAAGCAGAAGGCGUAGAAAAUACAGCAAAGCCAAGCAGGAAGCAGAUGAAGAGAAGCAUUUGCAUAAUGGACAAGGAGUAAGGACAUAUGUUGACCCUUUCACUUAUGAGGAUCCUAAUCAAGCUGUUCGCGAAUUUGCCAAAGAAAUUGAUGCAUCUUGUAUAAAGAUUGAAAGGGUGAUAGGUGUAGGUGAAUUUGGUGAAGUAUGUAGUGGACGCUUGAAAAUGCCAGGCAAGAGAGAGAUCUGCGUUGCUAUUAAGACCUUGAAAGCUGGCUAUACUGAUAAACAGAGACGAGAUUUCCUGAGCGAAGCAAGCAUCAUGGGCCAGUUUGAUCACCCAAAUAUCAUCCACCUGGAGGGGGUAGUUACAAAAUGUAAACCAGUAAUGAUCAUAACUGAAUACAUGGAAAAUGGAUCUCUGGAUGCAUUCCUCAGGAAGAAUGAUGGCCAGUUUACAGUGAUUCAGCUGGUAGGAAUGCUGCGAGGAAUUGGUUCAGGAAUGAAGUAUCUCUCUGAUAUGAGCUACGUUCACCGAGAUUUGGCUGCACGAAACAUUCUAGUGAACAGUAAUUUAGUCUGCAAAGUUUCAGACUUCGGCAUGUCCCGCGUUCUUGAAGAUGACCCAGAGGCAGCUUACACAACACGGGGUGGUAAGAUCCCAAUCAGAUGGACAGCACCUGAAGCAAUUGCUUAUCGCAAGUUUACCUCAGCAAGCGAUGUCUGGAGUUAUGGGAUCGUCAUGUGGGAAGUGAUGUCAUAUGGAGAACGGCCAUACUGGGACAUGUCAAAUCAGGACGUGAUUAAAGCAAUUGAGGAAGGUUAUCGAUUACCUCCACCUAUGGACUGCCCGGUCUCCCUCCACCAGUUAAUGCUGGACUGCUGGCAGAAAGAACGCAAUGACAGACCCAAAUUUGUGCAAAUUGUAAAUAUACUGGACAAACUGAUUCGAAACCCAAGCAACUUGAAAAGAACAGCAGUGAGUGAAGUUACAAGGCCCUCUACUGCAUUAUUAGAGCCAGGCACACCUGAUUUCUCAGCUUUGGGAUCUGUUGGGGAUUGGCUUGAAGCUAUCAAGAUGGACAGAUACAAAGAUAACUUUACAGCAGCAGGAUACACCUCCCUAGAGGCAGUGGUACACAUGAACCAAGAUGACCUGGCUCGAAUUGGAAUCACAACAGUAGCACAUAAGAGCAAGAUCCUGAGCAGUGUCCAGGGAAUGAGGGCCCAGAUGCAACAAAUGCAGGGAAGAAUGGUUCCCGUCUGAGCCAGUGCAAAAACUCAAUGAAAUUAUUUUUACCUCAUCCAUGCACUUUAACAGAAAUAAACUGCACUUUUUACUUCAUUGUUGUCCUUUGAUAGAAGGAUAUUUUGUCAGCAGUUUGCCUGAUUUGAGGACAGUGCUGAACUUUAUGACCACUGUAUGGCAAAUACAGAGAUCUUUGUCUAAGUAAGAGGAACCUGGAUUACAUAUGUAUCUGUUUUCAAAUUCCUGCAUUUCUUGGAUGAACUCAUGAAGGAGCAGUCUAAUAAUUUCAUAAUUACCGUCAGAUUUCUAGUUUGCUUUCAUAAUCACUGGAUUGAAGGUUACCUUUUAUUUGGUGGGCUUCCUAAUGAGUGACUUAUGUAAAAUGAUUUGAAGCUCUCCAAGGUAUUCUCAUAGACGCGGUUUUGAUUUAAAUAAUGAAAGAUGAAGUUCUUCUAAUGGCUACACCCUAUGAAGGUUUCUGUAAACUGCCACUAUGUUCUUCCAGUUAUUCGCUGAAAUGAGCAAGCAGCCUUGUGGAUUACCAUUUAAGACUGUAAUGACUUUAAUGUAACUUAUAGUAGUUCCCUGUACAAACAUCACGGAGGUUCCUUCCGCCAGGAAAUGUCUAGGUAGAUUUAUGGAACGGAAGAUUCUCAAACUUUGGCGAAGGAACUACCAACUUUUCAGUCCCUUUGGACGCUGAAGGGAAAUUGCUGCAAACAACUACAAAAGACGACAAGAGGUUCCCAGCAGCCUUGGUAUAGCACCGCCAAAUGGCAUUAAAUAUUGGCAACCUAGUUAACCAAGAGGGAGUGGCAUGAGAUGUCGUAAAAUGUCCAUUGAGCUGCGUACAAACAGCAACAGGAAAUUGUGGCAGGAAGAAAGAUUUAAGUCUAUUGAAGCAUUUUCCUGGAACCAGUUCUGCCAGAUUCGUGUUCAAGGAACUGACUGAACUGCCUAAUCAACCUCAGCAUGCAGCCUCUGGGAACUCAGAACAACAAUGAACAUGAAAAAUCCCACAGGAUCAAAUCCCACUAAAAUCAGAUCCAAGGAAGGAACCUCAGUUCUAAAAACACAGGCUUUGGACAAGCCCAAAUUCAAAGCAAAAAAAAACUCCUGCUUUAAGUAUAUAAAGUUCAGCAUCUGUUCUGGAAAAUCUCUAGAGGAAUGUACUGUGUAAGAUAACUAACCUUUGUGGACUUCUGCAUGUCACUGCUGCGCCUAGUGUGACGACCUGUUCAAAAUACUAUUCGGUAUUAAUAAUGUAUGGAAUCUGUUAUAUAGAAACGGAUCCCUGGACCUGUCACUGAGCUGUGUGUGUGUGUGUGUGUGUGUGUAUUUUAUUGAAGUAGCAUUUCCAAAUGUGCCAUUGGAACUAACCGUUGUUUUCUACGCAUUUGAUAAUGUCAGGAAAUUCUCAGUCACGUUCAACAGUCUUGGUCAUUUUCUUUUCAGACCAUUUUUCCUAGAUACUUAAGAUGCACAGUUUUGUUAUAAAAUGUGACAGUAAGUCAUCAAUCUUUCAAAGUUUUCAUGACCUGUAACUGAUAUUUUCAUUUGCAUUUCACAUCCUUCUGUCCUGAGCAAUGUUCUUCUUAAAUGCUAAUUUUAAACAAAUGACAUAGAUCUAUUUUUUGUAUUCCUGCUUGGACCUGAUUGGGUAUAUGCAAGACUGUGGUCUUCUGAAUAAAAGUGUACAGCGUAUUUUAAUUUAGUUCAAACUGGAAUUCUUCUAACAGUCCAAUUUCCUUUUUUUCCUUUGUAUCCUUUUUAUCAAUGAUUUAGGCAUAGAUUAUUUUUUUUAUUUGAAUUUUAGGUACAUGUAACUUAUGUCAUUUAUUUAUGGUCUUGAGAAUCUUUUUGUACCUAGUUUGUACAUUGCAAGAUAAAUAGUUACAAAAUGUGCACAGAAAGUGCAUUCCAAAUAAAGUAGUUACAGCACAA